AUGACGACUGACAAGCAACAACAAGAAGAAGAAUUGCUUAUAUUGAAAUCAAUUUUAGGCGAUGCAAUUACAGAUUUCAGUAAUGAAAAUGAUCAAUUUGAAAUUGACAUUGAAUUUCAAUUGUCGACACCAUUUUAUUUACGUCUUAUCGAUAAUUCUAAUCAAUUAUCAACAUUAAUUCAACAUCUUCCACCAUUAAUUUUAACUGUACAUUUUCAUGAUCAAUAUCCAUCAUCAAUAUAUUCUCCAACAUUUGUUCUAUCAUCAUGUUAUUUAUCUCGUGAAUAUCUUGAAAAUAUGUGUCAAAAAUUAGAUAAAAUAUGGGAACAAAAUAUAAGUGAACCUAUUGUUUAUCAAUGGAUUGAAUGUCUUAAAGAACAAUUUUUAUCAAUUAAUGAACUUUGCCUAUCAAAUAAAGCUAUAAAUAAUGAUAAUGAUAAUGAUGAUCCACGAGCUAUGUCUAGUUAUCAACCUAAUCAAGCUGCAUAUGUCUAUGAACAAUUAAUAGAAUACAAUCGACAAAAAGAAGAUGAAAAAUUUCUUCAUGCAUAUCAUGAAUGUCCUAUUUGUAUGUCGAAUAAUAUACCUGGACGUGAUAUGAUACGGUUAUAUAAAUGUCAUCAUACUUUUUGUCGAAUUUGUCUACAUGAUUAUGCUCAAAUUCAUAUAAAUACAGGUUCAGUGCAAUGGUUGCUUUGUCCUGAUUUACAAUGUCAAUUAGCAUUAUUACCAUCUGAAAUAAAAAUAAUUGUUAAUAAUGAUCAAUUAUAUGAUAAAUAUGAACGAUUAUUAUUACAAAAAACUCUUGAACAAAUGCCAGAUAUUGUUUGGUGUCCAAGAUGUCAACAACCAGUUUUAAUAGAUAGUGAAGAAGAUAAUCUAGCAUUAUGUGCUCAAUGUCGUUUUGCAUUUUGUAAAAAAUGUAAAAAAACUUAUCAUUCUCAAACCUUAUGUGGUCAUGAACUUGAAAUAGCUGAAUUAAGAGAAAAACAUCGUAAAUUACGUCAAAAAAUGCAAUUUCUCAAUUUAAUACCAGAUGAUGCAGAAAAAUUUUUACGCGAAUUUCUUGCUGUUGCAAGAAUCGAAAAUUCAACACGUCUUUGUCCAAAUACAAAGUGUCAAGUACCAAUUGAAAAAAAUCAAGGAUGUGAUCAUAUGUAUUGUACACGUUGUCGUACAGUGUUUAACUGGAGUGAUGCUCAAGAUCAAACAACAGAAACAAAAAUUUUAAUUGAAAAUUAUGAAAAUGAUCUUGAUAAAGUACAACAAGCAUUAGAACAUGAAAGAAACAUUCAAGAUAAUCCACAUGAAUCUAUGUCAUUAAAAGAACCUAUAAUUAGUAAACUCCUUGUAGAACGUACUAAAAAAUGUCCAAACAUAAAAUGUGGAAAGCUCAAUAUUAAAUCUGGCAUUGGUAAUUAUCUUAUUUGUCAACAUUGUAAACGAGGUUUUUGUUUCUCAUGUGGUCGUGCUGUAAUCGAUCCUAAAACUCAUUUUGGAGUUGCAUGCAAAAGACACUCGGUUUUGUAA